AUGUCCGGUCGUUGGACCAAUGUCGAAUGCCGCGAGCCAGUAGCCUUUUUUGGCAAGCGAAGUGCUGUUCUUCAGGACGAAGGCUGUCCCCUCUGCCAAGCGCUGUUUUCCAUUGCGGCCGGCGAACAUAACACUUGGCCCCGCAGAAGAGAAGAUAAUUUCUGCAUGUUCACUAUCCCAAGCCAACUCGCCUAUAGAGGAGCGAAACUAAAGUUCCCAUCUGAUGAGGAGAUGGGUGAUCGAGUUCUGGGACGAGCGAAAGAUCAAAGAGAUUCGACAUGGCUAAUCGUUUGCAAUCAAACCAGAUCUAUUGACCAACCUCUCUGGUACAAUAUAAUACCAACGUCAGCUCAUAGCUUUGGUUGUUUGGCUGAACUUUCUGACACUUUUAACGGAGUCGGUCAGCGAGUUCGGCUGAUUGACCCCGCUAACGUCGACUUCGAAGCGGUAAAGCGAUGGCUUGCGCAUUGCGCGGGCGUGCAUGGAGAGCUUUGCAAUCCUGAGCCUUUACCAACCGGUGUAAAGUUCGCUGCUCUGUCAUAUGUAUGGGGAGACAGUGCGUCAACAAAUGAGUCAUAUUCCUCCAGCUCUGUUUUCCCACAAACUAUUGAGGAUGCAAUUACUGUCGCGCUACAAGUUGGUAUCAAUUUCCUCUGGGUAGACAGGUACUGCUUGCCACAGCAUGAGUGCCCCGAGAAGCGCGAGCAGGUUCAGAAGAUGCACAAGAUCUACCGUGAGGCAGACUUAACUAUCAUCGCUGCAGCAGGCGACGGGCCAGACUAUGGUCUUCCAGGCAUAAGCACACCAAGAGUCAGCGCCCCUUCAGUAGACUUACGCCUUGGAGCUCACCGCUUAGCCUCCACAGGCCGGAGUGCACAAGAAGCUAUCCGAAACACGACAUGGGCGUCUCGAGCUUGGACAUUUCAAGAGGGCCUUGUUUCAAGAAGGAAGCUCGUCUUCACAGAUGAACAGGUGUACCUUCACUGUAUGGAGCGUGAGUUCCGCGAGACAAUUGAACAGAACUUCGAUCUUUUAGCUCAGGCAGGUAGUCCUGAUCUAUGCAAUCCAUUUCAGUGCAGAGUAUUACAUCUUAUCCCGGACAAUGUCGGGGAGAAAGGUGUACACUCACUCACUGGAGACUUUUCAGAACGAAAGAUUACAUACCAGAGCGAUACACUGAAUGCGUUUCUCGGCAUCCUUAAUCUAUUCCAAGACGCCUUUCCGGAUUCUUUUCGUCACCUUUGGGGUCAGCCGAUCCUAUACAAUAAUGAUAAUUCAAUCGGGGAUGUCGUGGUUUCUGCCCUCAAUUGGGGUAUAAUAGGCCCGGCACAGAGACGACCAGAUUUCCCGAGUUGGUCGUGGAUUGGCUGGAAGGGCAAGGCAUAUUCGACAAUCAACAGAUCUCAUAAAGAAAAUGUAACCGCCUCUCUGCUACUACACGACGGCACUGCCAUUGAAGACGCCAAAGCCUUUAGGGAUCUCAAUAUCUUCCAAAGAAUAUCACCAAUGUUGAGCAAAUACAUACUCAUCGAGGCCCAGACUGUUCACGUAAGAAUACGGCGGAAGGAAGGGGAUCAUUGGAAUCUUCGAAACAUGUGGAAACUCUCUUUUGUAAAAGAUGGCACCGAGAGAUAUGGGAUCACUUAUGCUGAUGGGUUUUCCAUAACACAGGAGUUUGAAGCGGGUGAUAGCAUAUACAGAGAUUUGGAAGCGGGGCACACUUGGCUCGGAAUAGCAUUUCUGCGCUCUGACAUGGUCUUGGUCUUGAAGGAUAUGGGAGACCAUUAUGAAAGGUUUGGAUAUAUCGAUGUUGACUUUUCCGUACCAGAUCUGGAACUGGUGGAUUAUCUUCUGGGACACAGGCUUAUUCGUUUAGGGUGA